AUGCGUAUUAUCGUGAUUUUGGUUUUGUUUUCUGUCAUCGCUUAUGCAUCAUCUAGUGCUAUAAUUCGGUUCAAAACAAAUGCAGUUAAAUCACCAAAAGAGAAAGAGAUUUUGAUAAAGGAUCGUUCACCAGCAAUGGCAAUUAAUUUUGGAAAAUUAAGAGAUGGAUGUGAUUUUAAUGAAUGCAUGACUUAUUGUUCUUCAAUCAUGGAUCCACCAUUUAUUGCCGUAUGCAUUGGUGACUAUUGUGUUUGUGAGGAAUUGUAA